CGCAAACCCACUGCUGCAUGAAGCGGUGCAUACCAGUCAUGUUAAGCCGAGGAGAAGCGCUGGGGAGAGGCGUAUAAAGCAGCCGCCCGCUUAUUCCAUUCUUGCACAGUCCAAACCACUUUUACUGCUCAUCCACCCACACACCAUGUCGCUACAAACAGUCGGCCUCGCCGUUAUUGCGGUGGUAUACCUGCUGAUCCGCUACCUCAACCGCACCGACGUUCCCAAGAUUAAGGGCAUCCCUGAGAUUCCGGGGGUACCCAUCUUUGGCAAUUUACUGCAACUAGGCGAUCAACAUGCUACGGUGACGAAGAACUGGGCAAAGAAAUAUGGGCCGGUCUUCCAGGUCCGCAUGGGCAAUCGGCGCAUCGUUUUCGCCAACAGCUUCGACUCCGUCCGUCAACUAUGGAUCAAAGACCAGUCUGCGCUGAUCUCGCGCCCGACCUUCCACACUUUCCACAGCGUCGUCUCCAGCUCGCAGGGCUUCACCAUCGGCACCUCCCCAUGGGACGAGUCCUGCAAACGCCGGCGCAAGGCCGCCGCCACCGCGCUCAACCGCCCCGCCGUGCAGUCGUACAUGCCUAUCAUCGACCUCGAGGCGACCGCCAGCAUCAAGGAGCUGUUUCAGGACAGCGACGGCGGCACCAAGGACAUCAAUCCGGUCGCGUACUUCCAGCGCUUCGCCCUCAACACCAGUCUGACGCUCAACUACGGGUUCCGGAUUAGCGGCAAUGUCGACGACGAGCUGCUGCACGAGAUCUGCGACGUCGAGCGCGGUGUCUCCAACUUCCGCAGCACCAGCAACAACUGGCAGGAUUACAUCCCGCUCCUGCGGCUGUUCCCCAAGAUGAACUCCGAGGCUGAGUCGUUCCGCGUGCGGCGCGAUAAGUAUUUGACCUACCUGCUGGAUAUCCUCAAGGAUCAAAUCGCCAAGGGGACGGACAAGCCAUGCAUCACGGGGAAUAUUCUCAAAGAUCCGGAGGCGAAGUUGAAUGAGGCGGAGGUCAAAUCCAUCUGUCUGACCAUGGUGUCUGCGGGACUGGACACCGUUCCCGGAAACGUCAUCAUGGGCAUCGCCUACCUUGCCUCUGAAGAGGGGCAGCGCGUCCAGCAAAAGGCGUACGAGGAGAUCAUGCAAGUCUACCCUGAUGGUGACGCGUGGGAAAAGUGCCUGGUGGAGGAGAAAGUCCCCUACGUGACCGCCCUGGUGAAGGAGACCCUGCGCUUCUGGACGGUGAUCCCCAUCUGUCUGCCGCGUGAAAGCAUCAAGGAUAUUGUCUACAACGGGGCGACGAUCCCGGCUGGAACUACUUUUUUCAUGAAUGCAUACGCAGCCGACUACGACGAGGACCACUUCGACAAGCCUGACCAGUUCCUCCCGGAGCGAUACUUGGAGGUCGGCGAGGGCACUGGCACCCCCCAUUACGGCUACGGGGCGGGCUCGCGCAUGUGCGCUGGCUCCCAUUUGGCCAACCGCGAGCUGUACACCGCCUAUAUCCGCUUGAUCACCGCCUUCACCAUGCAUCCUGCGAAGAAUCCGGCCGACCGCCCGAUUCUCGAUUCGAUCAAGUGCAAUGCGAUACCAACAGCCUUGACGACGGAGCCCAAGCCGUUCAAGGUGGGCUUCCGGCCGCGGAAUGCGGAGAAGUUGAAGGAGUGGAUUCGGGAGAGUGAUGAGCGGACGAAGCAUCUCUAGUUGAGUGGAUCUGUACAGUACAGCGGAGAGGCAAUCUACAUGGGAUAGUACUUCUUUCCAGCUGAAAGGAAGAGUGACAGAAGUAGUUUAGUUUGUAGCUGGAAAUUCUCAAUGUAGCAGUCGG